GCGGAGGAGGAGACCAUAGACAUGAACGCACUGGGAGGAUGACAGCUUUUAGCGGCUGCUGUAACCCUGAAUAUCUGACACCCAUAUGAACCGUCAGCGAGAGGACCACUAACCCAGCCCGCAGGGCACAUCCUCUAUCCUGAGCAAAAAACGAGGGGCCGUGGGCGGAGGGUUCCUUAUGAUUUCUCAGUUUUCAUAGACGCUAUUUUUCUAACACCAUGGUGCUGGGCAAGGUAAAAACUUUAGCGGUCUACUUCGACUACCUGAACGACAACAACGUCCCCGUUUACUCCGGCGGGGAUUCGGUCUCGGGGAGGGUGAUAAUCGAAGUCACCGGUGAGGUUCGCGUCAAAACGUUGAACAUAACCGCCAGAGGCGUAGCCAAGGUGCGGUGGACGGAGUCCCGGAACGCCGGAGCCAACACUGCCUACACUCAGAAUUACACCGAGGAGGUGGAAUACUUAAACCAUAGCGACACGUUAAUAGGAGAGGAGAGAGAUGAGGACAGUCCAGAGGAGGCCCUCACUGUUCUCAACACAGGAUUACACGAAUUCGCCUUUAGCUUCCUGCUACCACAGAUGCCCCUGGCCACGUCGUUUGAAGGGAAGCAUGGCAGUGUGAGGUACUGGGUGAGAGCAGAGCUCUACAGACCAUGGCUGCUGCCUUUCAAAGUCAAGAAAGAGUUCACUGUGUUUGAACACAUCGAUAUCAACACACCACUGCUGCUGGCCCCUCAAGCUGGCACUAAGGACAAGACCUUAUGUUGUUGGUUCUGUGCCUCGGGACCCAUCUCACUCAGCGCCAAGAUAGAGAGGAAGGGAUACACGCCAGGUGAGUCCAUCCAGAUCUUUGCAGAGGUGGAGAACUGUUCGUCCAGGGUGGUGGUGCCCAAGGCAGCGCUGAGCCAGACCCAGACCUACUUCGCCAAGGGAAAGGCCAGGCAGCUCCAGCAGCAGAUGGCAGCCCUGCGUGGGGACACCCUACCCCAGGGGAAGAGCCAGAGCUGGGAUGGAAAACUACUCCACAUACCCCCAGUGUCCCCAUCCAUCCUGGACUGUCCACUCAUCAGAGUGGAGUACUCACUGGUGGUGUAUGUGGACAUCCCUGGGGGGUUGAACCUGUCUCUAUCGUUGCCGUUGGUGAUCGGGACCAUCCCCCUCCAUGCAUUCACCAAUCGAACAAGCAGCAUCAGCAGCUACUGUAGUAGCAUCAGCUGGCCAGAGAGACCUGAGGCUCCCCCCAGCUACAGUGACUUGGUGGUGACAGAGGAGCAGAGGUGGGGCUGUCUGGAGCGCUGUGAGGGGUCAGAGGUCAACGAAGAGAACCAGGGAACACUGCACGCUUACAUCACAGAGUUCAGAUACCAGCCGCCACCGCUCUACUCCGAGGUUGACCCUAACCCAGAGCCGGGCUGUGGAGGUCAGGUGGUCAGGAGACCCGACCUCUGCCCCUCUCGCUGAGCACAACACUGACCUGCUCAGAGCAGACAGGCAUCUAUACCUACAGAUGGAUCCAACAUGGCCGCUGCUAUAGCCCCCUACUGGAGCCAGUCACCUACAGAUGGAUCCAACAUGGACGCCGCUAUAGCCCCCUACUGGAGCCAACAUUGCGUCUCAUCCUUAGUUUCCUCGGGUACAUAGAUCAACAGAUGCAGGGAUGUCAGCUCUGAUAGACACUCUGUGGGGAGGCCAGGAGACGCCUCAGUCUGACCAGCAUCGCGGUUCUCUGCUGGUCAGAAAGAAUAGAUAGUCCUUAGACCCAGCUUCUGGUACAUAUGACCAUUACGUGGCACAUCUAAGACUAGAAAGGAGAGGAGAAGAAGAAAAUAGAUAAUCCACUGUUGGACUGUUGGAAACAGUGGUCAGGAUCUCCUCCAGCCUCAGAGUGAAUUUUGCACAUGCCUCUCUCACUGUUUUUCUACUUCCAUAGCUUUUCUUCCUCAACGGUCAUAUAUGCUGGAACAUGUCCGUUGUCUUCUCACCACUAUUACUACUUAACUAGAAACAACACCGAUCACAGACUCUUUUAGAACAAAGUAACUAAGAAACAAAUGAAAGGAGACUUUUUUAGAGAGGUGUUAGUGUGUCUUGGGUUUCCUGAAUGGGGAAUGUGGUACAUGGUGAAAUGACUAGUGUGUGUUCAGACAGACACUGGUGUAUCUGUGAAGGACUCACUCACACUCUGUCUUUCAGGUGUCUUUCCUCACUAAACCCUCCAUAGAUACAGUACCCUACUAAGCACUUGUUUGAUUGUACUAUGUGGACAUAUGACACAGAAAGAAGCUCUGUAUUUACAUAAGAGGCAAAGAAACAGCCAGAUAUAAAAUAAGAAAAAAAUACAUUUGAAAUGUUUACAGGUCAAUUGUCGUUCAAAGUUGAUCUUCAUUUCCAAACAAAGUGCAAUAUAUUUUUGUAUUUGUCGUUUUUCUGUUUGUGUACGUGAUGCCAUUAUAGCCAUUACUGAUCUGAAUGCUAUCAUGAUCUUCCUUUGUUUGAAAUAAAGAAGCCUUUUUGUAGAAA